AUGGCAGAUCGCCACGAGACUGCCUCAGGCAUCUGCGCCCAUUGCAGUAUCGAAACUUCCAAGCUAUGUGCAGGUUGCAAAGAUGGUGUCGAAUUCGUCGAAGGCGCAGACAGGACUUAUUAUUGUGGAACCGACUGCCAAAAGGCAGACUGGGCCGUGCACAAAGUGCUAUGCAGGAAGUUGAAGACUCAUCAAGCUUUGUACCAAGCAGGAAGCCUUCUCCGCAUGCUCUGGAACCUUUCCCGAGCGUAUAGCUUUGGAACCAAGAUCGACCGAGUUGAAGUUCAUGACAAUGUUGUAAAAUUCUGGGAGACAAGCGGAAGCCUAUGCAAGGGCCCUUUCCCGCAUCAUCUAUUCACAGACGAAAAGGUCAAGCAAGCAGUACUGGACACGAGUGCAUGUGGAGACGCCUUGUUCAACAUGAGAAAAUUGGUCCGUGACAUUCUCUCCAACGUGUGUACCAGAUUUGAUGAAGUCUGCGUCAUUGUCAAGAAUCCUCCUUGGAUCACAAAAUGCCUCAAUCGGAAUUCCACCAACGAUCAAUAUGUGGAGUAUGUGUAUGGAACCGUUGUGAAGAAAGGGUUCUCUCAUCUGGCCUUUCGCGCAACGCUCAGACAGGCCCCUGAAUGCUUCAUCAUCGACCUGGCGAACGGACAAUAUGGCCACUUCGACACGGUGAUCCCGCUAGAGAAAUACUUGGCGGAGAGGGUGGAAAAGGUCUCGAAUGUCAAUCCCUUUGGCACAUAUGAUGAGACAAUCGGCGCCGUGAAUGAAGCCAACAGCAGGUAUUUCGACAGAGCGCAAUUCAACGCUCUAAGAAUGGACAGUUUGUUGCAAGCUUGGCUAGGCGAGCAACAGCUCACAUCGAAGAGCUUAAUUGGCCUCGGCAAAGCAUCGUUCAAAGACAAGCUUGCUCAGCUGCAACACUAUGCCUCAGCCGGCUUGGCCGCAACAGCUGAUGCCUCGAUCCAGUGUGGAAACCUCCUGGUCAAUCUGGCCCACGCAAGAGACCCAAAAGAAGAAGGAAAAAUGUUGAGACGACGUAUGAACCUGCUGAAAGCAGCUGGGAUUACAGUCGACAUGAUGCAACAGGAGAACAGGAGAUGGUUCCGAUGCUGA